UCCAUUUUAGUCACGUUUCCGUGAGUGCAGCUGCGUGCACGGCGGCUGUGUGUCACAACUUUAACAGAGCGAACAGAAGGACAGAGAGAAGGAGAGGAGAAACGGAGAGAGAGAAGGAGGGAAUAUGGGAAGCACGGCGGCGGACGUGAAGGAGAAGAAGCGGCACGCGCUGCGGCUCCACAUGCCCGACCUGAGUUCCUACACGGCGGACGGAGAAAAAGACAAAUCCAGUAAAGCUACAACACCCAAGGGAGAAGAGUCCAUCUCUUCUAAAGGUUUUUCUCUGAGAUCUCCUCUCCCUCAGCCCUCGAGCCCCAUAUCAGCUCCGCUCCACAAUUCCACUAAAACCAUCUUCCCCUCUCACCAGGACUCGCCUCCCAAAUCCCCCCAUCGCCUCAGCUUCAGUGGUGUCUUCCGCUCGCCGUCUAAUCCCUCCAGCAUCAAGCUCUUCUCCAGAUCCCGGAAAGCGUCUGGUCCCGUGUCUCCGCCCACCACACCCACCACGCCCACUCACAGCUCCAACCCUCCGCUCAUCUCACCGGAUGAAAGACGGCUGCGCUCGCUCUCGUCUCCACCUGAUACGGGCCCUCAGCGCUUCAGCCUGGCUUCAGCAACCUCCAGCCCCAGUCCUAUCAGAUAUAGCCCCUCCCCUUUACACAUCAGGUCCGCCUCCCGUCCAGUGUACAGUUCAACUGAAGGCAUGCUGGAGAAACUGGACAUCAGUGAUGGAGAGCCGAGCUGCGAUAUUUACACACGCUUCAUGAAGUGCCACAGGUGCUAUGAUCUCAUCCCUACCAGCUCAAAGCUAGUGGUCUUCGAUACCACACUACAGGUCAAGAAAGCGUUCUUUGCUUUGGUCGCUAACGGAGUGAGAGCUGCUCCACUGUGGGACACCAAACAGCAAAGCUUCGUUGGAAUGCUGACCAUCACGGACUUCAUCAGAAUUCUGCACAGAUACUACAAGUCUCCUCUCGUGCAGAUAUACGAGCUGGAGGAGCACAAGAUCGAGACGUGGCGAGAGCUCUACCUGCAAGAAACCUUCAAGCCUUUAGUGAAGAUUUCACCUAGCGCAAGCAUAUUUGAUGCCGUUUACUCCCUCAUCAAGAAUAAAAUCCACCGGUUGCCCAUGAUCGACCCGGUCUCAGGGAACGUCCUCUACAUCCUCACACACAAAAGGAUCCUUAAGUUCCUGCAGCUGUUUGUGUGUGAGAUGCCCAAGCCGGCCUUCAUGAAGCAAACAUUAAGCGAGCUGGGCAUCGGCACGUACCACAACAUCGCCUUCAUCCAGCCGGACACGCCCAUUAUCAAAGCCCUAAGUGUGUUUGUAGAGAGGAGAGUGUCAGCGCUGCCCGUCGUCAACAACACCGGAAAAGUGGUGGAUAUUUACUCCAAAUUUGAUGUCAUAAACCUGGCGUCUGAGAAAACCUACAACAACCUGGGCAUGAGUGUGACAGAGGCACUGAAACACCGCUCACAGUACUUCGAGGGAGUAAUGAAGUGCAGACGACACGAGACCCUGGAGACCAUCGUGGACAGGAUCGUAAAGGCUGAGGUGCACAGGCUGGUGGUGGUGGAUGAAGACUCCAGCAUCGAGGGCAUCAUCUCUCUAUCAGACAUCCUCCAGGCUCUGGUUCUCUCUCCUGCAGGCUUAAGCAGGAAGGAGGAUAAAACGGAAACACAAGCCUCAGCGAACGUGUAGCGAGUGUCAUGUGAGUGUUCCGCGAGAGUCAUGUGGCUUUGUCCCGCGGUACAGACGGAGUUCGCUGUGAUCCUCUGUGUAACGUUUGUCCUGCUGUACUGUACGCUGCUUUGUUUACGGGCUCAGCUGCUGCUCCGAGACGCACUACAAGGAGAUCAUCUCGCACGCUACACGGCCCGGUCUUCCCGCUCGCCUCAGGCCAUAACCUUAACCAACGGCGCCGGCAGCCAUUUUCCCAAUCGGAGAAAACAUCGUUUACAUCUUUAGCUGCUUUCCCAAAGUUUUUUUUUUACAUUAAAAAGGUUUUCGUGUAAAAGCUGGACGUCCGUGACAUCGGCGUUAACACUUCUGACUAGUUGUGUGUAAAUGGCUUCCUGACUGCUUCAUGUUGAAAUAUCUAGACAAAAGUAGACUUCCAGGACUCCGACCUCCAUGUUGGUCUUUCCCGCUUUCCCCAUGAGCCGUUACCUGAUUGGUCAGAAAACGGAAAGGUGCGAUAAACAGGGGUCCAGGCAUAAAAAAAACAAACAAACAUGGACGACAAGUGCUGGUGAAAAAAGAAGGAAAGUUCGUAAUUUUUGCGAAUAUUUUCGCCAAUAUUCAGAGAUGUGUUAAAGUGUGUUAAAAGUCCUUCAAAGAAAGCGCUGAAGGUGGAUGUUUUGCCUGGAGGCGGUGCUAACACCGCUGCCAAUAAAUGUCUUAUUCAUAAACGAGUUCUGCUUACACACAAGAGCUGCUGUGCCUUUAACAUAACCAAAAGACAAGUGAAUGUAUGAAAUCUUUCAUCUCGCUAUCGCUGAUAAUCAGACGAUCCCAAACACCACGUGCUCGAUACUGUUAUAUACACUGUGGACACUUUAACGCACAAUCUCAUCAUCAUCAUCCUCAUCACCGGGGGAGAGGUUUAGACGCGUCGUCCUUCUUUACAAAUUUCAGGACGUUCGGGUGGAAUAAUUAACGAAAUUCAUCACUUUCAGAACUUUCUUUACCACAGUGUUGUGACUCCUCGUUAAAUCUUGAUUGUCAUUUGUUCUCGUUUCCUGUUCACUAUUUUUUAAAGUUUUAUUUUUAUACUGUUCUGACUGUAAUUUUGAGGGGUUUUUUUUCUACAGUUGUCCUUGUACAAAUAUUCUUUUCAGCAUCCCAAAUCUUCCUACACUGGAUUUCGUCUUCUAAAUAAAUGCACAACGAAAAGUCACGUUUUUAUACGUACGGAUAAGAUUUUCAGCAUUAAACGGGAAAUGAUGUGGAUUUUAUAAUUUUUUUUUUUUAUGUUUCUUUCUUUCUUUAAAGGAAGUGCUGUUUUGAUGCUUGUGCAUGUGAAACAGCUUCAUAUGUAAAUGAAUCUGGAUUAUUUUGGUGUCUGGUGAAAAAAUGAGAAACAGUUUGUAUGAAACGGACAGUGACACUAAUGUUGUCGUAAAUGUGUAAAUGGUAUUUUUUUAUGACAUGUAACUUUAAAUACACGCACACGUUGCCUUCA